AAUUAUUACAACCAGGUUUGGUUGUUUUCCACAAAAUAAAAUAAAAACAAGAAUUAUCAUGUUUCUUGUUUUGGCAUCUAAUUAUCCUUUUGUAUGUGGUGAAGAGAAGAUAUGGACACAAAUUAUAAAUAUUCUAUUCAUAUUUUUGUUAUCAAGAACAAAGAUAAAAAUAAGAAUGGCAUCAUUUUAUUGUGACCCAUAACAAAAAGAAAAGUAAUAAAACAUUAAAGAAACUUGCCCCUUCCUUCUCUCACAGAUCAUUAUUCUAGGGUUCCUGACAAAAAAAAACAAAUACCUUUUUCUCUUUCCAUUUUUGUAGAUUUUUUUUUGUUUGUUAAAGAAUUUUUGUAGAAUUUCAACUCUUUCUUCUCCUCAAUCUUUUCAUUAUGAUAUUUUCCUGAUAAGUUCUUGAUUUGAAAGUCACCCAUUCUUCACUACUAGCUUAGAUCAAUUAUUCAAUUUUCUCUGCCGACAUUCAAUUACUCUCCCUUUCCGAUCUUGUGGCAGAAAAAAAAACAAGAAAAAUGGUGAGAGGAAAGAUAGAGAUGAAGAAAAUAGAAAACGCAACGAGUAGACAAGUGACUUUCUCAAAAAGAAGAAAUGGUUUGUUGAAGAAAGCUUAUGAGCUCUCAGUACUCUGUGAUGCUCAAAUCUCCCUUAUCAUCUUCUCACAAAGAGGAAGGCUUUACGAAUUCUCUAGCUCUGAUAUGCAGAAGAUGAUCGAACGCUACCGCAAGUACACAAAAGGACAUGAAACCAGCAAUCACGACUCACAAAUUUACUUACAGGAAUUAAAACAAGAAGCAAGCCACAUGAUAGCAAAGAUUGACCACCUUGAGUUUCAAAAGCGGAAGCUACUGGGACAAGAAAUUGCUUUUUGUUCUCUAAAAGAGCUUCAAGAAAUUGAUAGUCAACUCCAAAAAAGUCUGGGCAAGGUCCGAGAAAGAAAGGCUCAGUUGUUCAAGGAGCAGGUGGAGAAACUAAGAGCAAAGGAGAAACAAUUGUUAGAAGAGAACGUCAAGUUACAUCGAAAGAAUGUUAUAGAACCAUGGAGAGGAUCGAGUGAUCGGCAGCAAGAGAAAUACAAAGUUAUAGAUCUGAAUUUGGAAGUUGAAACGGAUUUAUUCAUCGGUUUGCCAAAUAGAAACUGUUAGUAACAUUAUAUUAUGUUUAUUUACUUAUCAUGAAAUAUUAUUCAAAAUCAUUCAAUAAAGUGUGAGGUAAUGAUUUGGGAUA